UCUCGGCAGCCUCCGUUAACGCCUGUACCCCAUCUUGACUGCUUUAAAGGGCUGCUGCUCCCCGCUAUCGUUUCCUCCCAUCUUUCACCUCAGAUUUUCCCGUUCACCUUCCAAUCUCUCAUUCCAUACAUCUCCAGGUUACUCUUCCAAGAUGUCUGGCACUCUUACUAUGACAAGCUCGGACGGCGUCGAGAUCACCGUCGAUCGCGAUGUUGCCGAGCGCUCGCUGCUCAUCAAGAACAUGCUCGAGGAUUUGGGUGAAACUGGAGAGGCUAUCCCAAUCCCUAACGUCAACGAAGCUGUUCUGAAGAAGGUCAUCGAGUGGUGCACCCACCACAAGAACGACCCCCCCAGCACUGGGGAUGACGAUGACUCCCGCCGCAAGACCACCGACAUCGAUGAAUGGGACCAGAAAUUCAUGCAGGUUGACCAAGAGAUGCUGUUCGAGAUCAUCCUGGCCGCCAACUAUCUUGAUAUCAAGGGUCUUUUGGACGUUGGUUGCAAAACCGUGGCCAACAUGAUCAAGGGCAAGUCUCCUGAAGAGAUUCGCAAGACCUUCAACAUCCAAAACGAUUUCACUCCGGAGGAAGAGGAUCAGAUCCGUCGUGAGAACGAGUGGGCCGAAGACCGCUGAUUUAACGUCGCUGGUUCAUGUCACCCAUAACUUGCUAAUCUUGGAUGGUUUGCCUAUUGCGUAAAGUAACAUCGGGAUAUCAGCUUUGUUUUACGGUUCAAAUUGGGGGCUUUGGUCAAAGAUCCUCCAUUCGGCGUUUAGGGUUUCUUCGAGCGGUUUCUCGUUCUUUUUUUGUUUGCUCAUGAUUGUUUCCCUCUUGGCUUGUGGUCUAGAGAAAGGUGUAGUCCCAUUGUUUUGCUUUUCAACAGGUGACGGUGGGGCCCAUAUCACUUAAAACAUGUUGCGUUAGGUUGCUUUUUCCUACUUUACAAUAGGAAACGAAGGGCUCUUUGGAGAUAUCUUCUCUC